CGGCAACGUUGGCAUUAUCGGAAAAGUCACUUGUCCUCAUUUUCAACAGUGUCACUUGUCAUUUUCGUCAACGUCAAAACAUUCCUUCUUUUUUCCUCUUUCAUCUUUUUAGGAGGUUAUAAUAAAUAAAAGAUAUGUCGGAAGCAAAACCGAAGGCAGCCCCUGCCCCCGCCAAAGAAGCAAAGGCACCCGGAACCGCCAAAUCGGGCUCCAGAAGGUCAAUCAAGAGACACGGCCGUUUAUAUGCCAAAGCCAUUUUCACAGGCUACAAAAGGGGACUUCGUAACCAACACGAAAACACUGCCCUGUUGAAGGUGGAAGGCACCAAAGACAAGGCCGACAGUUGGUUUUAUGUUGGUAAAAAGUGCGUGUUUGUAUAUAAGGCGAAAAACAAGACCUGCAUUCCCGGAAGGCCCAAAUCCCAGAAAUCAAAGGUCAGGGCUAUUUGGGGCAAAGUAACCAGGCCCCAUGGUACAAGUGGAUCUGUCAGAGCCAAAUUCAACAGAAACCUUCCGGCCAAAGCUAUGGGACACAGAAUUCGUAUUAUGUUGUACCCCUCUAGGAUAUAAGUGGUGACAUGACCAAUGUAUGUUAUUUAAAAAAUAAAUUUAUAAAAAACUAAA